AUGACUGCUCUUCGAGUUUUUCCAUUUAUUGGUGCAGUAGUUGCUAUUGCUGCAGUUGUAUUAUCAAUUAUCGGUAUAUCAACUACUUAUUGGUGGUCAGCUGGUCCUAAUCAUUCAGGUCUUUGGCAAAAAUGUCCACUCGGAAUUUGCAUUCGAACUGAAGGUGGCCGACCAGCAGCUAUGGCUCUUGCUGCUGUAAUUGCUAUUGGUGUUGCUGCUAUUUUGGCUAUUUUCAGUGGUUUAGCACGUAAUAAAUCAGAUGCAAGCAAUAAUACCGCUCGUCUCUGUGGUAUCAUCUCAGUUAUCUUACUUUUUUCAAGUGGUGUUCUUAUUGCUGCAGCACUUUAUACAUUUGUUGCUGCUGAACAUCUUACUGGAUACUCAUUUACACUUAUGGCUCUUGCCCAAUUUUUGAGCUUUCUUGCUGCUAUGCUUGUUGCUCACUGGAUGGGUCAUUCAUUUACUGUUAUCAGUUAA